AUGAACAAGAGUUUUUCGUGUUUCGUUUUCAACACACUUCGACUUCAUGAUAAACUCGCUUUGGAAGUCUCAGGUUACGUUUAUUUGAAAACUAUCAUCAUUUGUUUUAAACUCUCAAAUUACAUUUUGAUCGAGUUUAAAGUUAUUGAAGUUCGUGAUAAAAUAUCAACAAAUAAAGAAAAGAUUUCAAGAGUAAAGAUGUGCUCACGAAAAGCAAGACAAAAUAAGAAAAAGAAAAGCGCCAAUCACCAUAAGAGAAGUCAACAACUUUUAAACUUUAAAAAUGCCUAA